AUGAAGCUUCUCACUAAGGAAGAGGAGGCUGCUCACUACAGCUCCGUCGUCAAGGGCGGAACCUUCGGCGGCCUGAUCGGUCUGGCCGGUGGUGCAGCCGGUGUCCUCCUCGCCGCUCGACGAUACCACACAAUCCGCAACCUGACUCUGCCCAUGAAGGCUUUCCUGGUGACUUCCUCCGGUACCUUCGUGGGUAUUGUGGCGGCCGAUCACGCAUCGCGCAACUUCGAGGCGCAGAACAACGCCGAAAAGCAAUGGUACGAGAACCGUGAAGAGCGUCUGCGCGCCGAGGAACUGCGCGGCCUGACCUUCACCGACCGCGCUGUUGCCUUUGCCCGCCGCGAAAAGUACAAGAUCGUCGGCGCCACCUGGAUCGCCUCCAUGGUCGGCUCUUUCGUCCUGGUCGGCCGCAACCCUUAUCUGUCCGGUCAGCAGAAGAUCGUCCAGGCUCGUGUCUAUGCCCAGGGUCUGACCCUUGGUGUUCUGUGCGCCUCGGCUGCAUUCGAGAUCUCGGAUCAGCGCCGGGGUCGUGGUCUACUUGAUGCUGCUAAGAAGAGCAAGGAGCAGGCCAAAAGGGAGGCCGCUGAGUCUCAGCCCGCACGCCAUCAGAACCAGGAGGAGGGCGAUCUGUGGAAAGACAUGGUUGCUGCUGAGGAACAACGCCUCAAGUUGAAGCACCAGUCCCUGUACCAGAAGCAAGGUGAGGCGCAUGCGGAGGAAAAUCAAGAGGCCGGCGAGAAGAAGCCUUCUGAGUCUGACUCUGAAAAGAACAAGGAGGAAGAGAAGGAUCAGCCGAAGGAAGACGCGAAGGCUGAGAAAGCCCCUGCUGAGGGUGAGAAGAAGCAGGCUUAA